UUGACAUAACAAAAAUAUGAUGUUGGUUGUAGAAAUUUGUUCGUUAUUCAGUCAGCAGAAUAAGGCCUGCGUAACACAAUAUAUACAACUGUUAUGGUGCAUUACGGUAUAGAAAACUUUUAGUGUAAUCAUCCGUUGGAAAAUGAACCUAUUUGAAGCACUGAAAUCCUGCUGGUUGGCAAUGUUAUUGGGGUCGAUUUUGCUAACUGCCGGUACAUGCGUAUUAUUCUGGAAUGAGGCUCGGGCAAUAAGUAUUGCACUCUCGCUGGAGGAAGCAUUCAAUGAUGCGAUUACGGCGAGCGCCGAUCGUCCCUAUGACAGAUUGUACGAGGGAAAACUUAUCCACCUGAGUGGCUGGAUAACUACCGGUGAACCACUAACUGAACCGGACUAUAACAUUCAAGUGCAAGCCGUGAAACUGCGACGUCGCGUUCAAAUGUACCAAUGGAUUGAAGAAUAUGUGGAAAGUCGAUUUGGCGAAUCCGAUACAACUUUCCAAGCCGAUGAUCGAACCUACUAUUAUACGUUGGACUGGCGUGAUGAAUUGAUAGACUCACGUAGCUUCUACAUUCGAAGUGGUCAUCACAAUCCUAGUACCUUUCCGAUGGACACAAAAACAUUCGUGUCGGAGCGUGUUCACAUUGGUCAAUAUGAAUUGGGUGCCGAGCUUAAGGAGCGGUUCAAUAACUUUAUCGAAGUCACCUCCGAUACACGCCCCGAAGAUCCUUCAGUUAAACUGCAUGCCGGGCUGUACUACCAUUGCAACGAUAUUUGGAAUCCUGAAGUCGGCGAUAUCCGACUACAGUUUUCCUAUGCCGGAUUGGAAGGAUCAGCUUACACGGUUGUCGGCAUGUUAGAUAAUGGCAAAAUAGUCCCGUAUCAGUCAUCCCAUUCGAGAAAAGUUUUGCUGAUAUACCCAGGCGAACUAUCUAUGCAGGAUAUCAUCAAGCUCGAGCACAAGUCGAAGCAAAUUACCAUUUGGAGCUGGCGUUUGAUCGGUUGGAUGCUGCUGUUUUUCUCGGCCACUUGUUCAGCUUCCAUACUGGAAUACAUUACGGCCCAGAGUGUGACACUGCGGAAGUUCGUACCCAACCCAAACUUUCCGGUUUCAACUAACUUGACAGUUUCGUUCUCGUUGGCCCUGGCGAUUGCUUCGACAGCCUGGAUCUUGCAUCGUCCCGUGCUUGGUAGUGGUAUCUUUCUGGCCGCAGUUACACCGUUCCUUUAUCGCGCACGAAGACUUUUUAGUAACUUUCAGCGGAUGGACUGAAAACAGGCUCAAUUCAGUGAUAUUCUCUUUUUAUGUGUCAAUCUAGUCGCAGUUUUUGAAAUAAAUGAUUUUUUUU